CGGGCCCUUUAAGAGCAGCAGGACCGGCGAGCAGAAGCUUGGAAGAGAACGCUGUCGCCGGACUAGCUCCGGAGGACAAGCGCUUGGGACCAGACUACGAGAAGCCCGCGAGUUCAUCCAAGUGAGGUCAGGGCGACACCUCAACCAUCCCUCUGCAACCGUGUCAUCCUUUCUGACCCGAGCCUGGCCUUCCUCCACUGCCCGCCCCGGCCUGGCCCCGCCCCGGCCGGGGCCACCGGGACAGGGAGCCGGGGCGCCCGUGCCGCACCGGAGGCAGGUGAGGAGAGCCGGGAGUGUCCACCUCCCGCGCUGCGGCGCUGAGCAUCCGGGUCGAGCAUCCCGGUGGAGCAUCUCUGCUGAGCAUCCUUGCGUCUCGCCGAUCGGAGGCGCGUCAAGGUGACCAGGCCGGCUGUGUGAUGGCGGAGAAGGCACUGGAGGCCGUGGGCUGUGGUCUGGGGCCCGGGGCUGUGGCCAUGGCUGUGGCGCUGGAGGACGGGGCAGAGCCCCCUGUGCUGACCACUCAUCUAAAGAAGGUGGAGAACCACAUCACAGAAGCACAGCGCUUCUCUCACCUGCCCAAGCGCUCUGCUGUGGACAUCGAGUUCGUGGAACUGUCCUAUUCCGUGCGGGAGGGGCCCUGCUGGCGCAAACGGGGUUACAAGACCCUCCUCAAGUGCCUGUCUGGUAAGUUCUGCCGCCGAGAGCUGAUUGGCAUCAUGGGCCCCUCCGGGGCUGGCAAGUCCACGCUCAUGAACAUCUUGGCAGGGUAUAGGGAGUCUGGGAUGAAGGGGCAGAUCCUGGUUAAUGGGAGGCCACGAGACCUGAGGACCUUCCGCAAGAUGUCCUGUUACAUCAUGCAGGAUGACAUGCUUCUGCCACACCUCACAGUGCUGGAAGCCAUGAUGGUCUCUGCCAACCUGAAGCUGAGUGAGAAGCAGGAGGUGAAGAAGGAGCUGGUGACGGAGAUCCUGACAGCCCUGGGUCUGAUGUCUUGCUCUCACACGAGGACAGCCCUGCUCUCCGGAGGGCAGAGGAAGCGCCUGGCUAUUGCCCUGGAGCUGGUCAACAACCCACCCGUCAUGUUCUUUGAUGAGCCUACCAGCGGUCUAGACAGCGCUUCUUGUUUCCAAGUGGUGUCCCUCAUGAAGUCCCUAGCCCAUGGGGGCCGAACCGUCAUCUGCACCAUCCACCAGCCCAGCGCCAAGCUCUUUGAAAUGUUUGACAAGCUCUACAUCCUGAGCCAGGGACAAUGCAUCUUCAAGGGCAUGGUUACCAACCUCAUUCCCUAUCUGAAGGGGCUUGGCUUGCACUGCCCUACCUACCAUAACCCUGCGGACUUCAUCAUCGAGGUGGCCUCUGGCGAGUAUGGAGACCUGAACCCCCUUCUGGUCAGGGCUGUGCAGAAUGGCCUUUGCACCAUGGCUGAGAAGAAGAGCAGCCCAGAGAAGAAUGAGGUCCCUGCCCACUGCGCCUCUUGCCCUCCGGAAGUGGAUCCUAUAGAAAGCCACACUUUCGCCACCAGCACCCUCACCCAAUUCUGCAUCCUCUUCAAGAGGACUUUCUUGUCCAUCCUCAGGGACACGGUCCUGACCCACUUGCGGUUUAUGUCACACGUGUUGAUUGGCGUCCUCAUCGGCCUCCUCUACCUGCACAUUGGUGACGAUGCCAGCAAGGUUUUCAACAACACCGGCUUCCUCUUCUUCUCCAUGCUCUUCCUCAUGUUUGCGGCCCUCAUGCCCACGGUGCUCACCUUUCCCUUAGAGAUGGCGGUCUUCAUGAGGGAGCACUUGAACUACUGGUACAGUCUCAAAGCCUAUUACCUGGCCAAGACCAUGGCCGAUGUGCCCUUUCAGGUGGUGUGCCCGGUAGUGUACUGCAGCAUCGUGUACUGGAUGACAGGCCAGCCAGCUGAGACCAGCCGCUUCCUGCUCUUCUCAGCCUUGGCCAUAGCCACCGCCUUAGUAGCCCAGUCCUUGGGACUGUUGAUUGGCGCUGCCUCCAACUCCCUGCAGGUGGCCACCUUUGUGGGCCCGGUCACUGCCAUCCCGGUCCUCCUGUUCUCCGGCUUCUUUGUCAGUUUCAAGACCAUUCCCACUUACCUGCAGUGGAGCUCCUACCUCUCCUAUGUCAGGUAUGGCUUUGAAGGUCUGAUCCUGACCAUCUACGGCAUGGAGCGAGGACACCUGACCUGCUUAGACGAACAGUGCCCGUUCCGGGAUCCACAGAUCAUCUUGCGAGAGCUGGAUGUGGAGGAGGCUAAACUCUACAUGGACUUCCUGGUCUUGGGCAUUUUCUUCCUUGCCCUCCGACUGCUGGCGUACCUUGUGCUCCGCUACCGGGUCAAGUCCGAGAGAUAGAGCCUUGCUCCCACCUCUUCCGGGCAGGAAGCCCCCAGCUCCAGCCCUUUGGGACUGUUUUAAACUUGUAGACUUGGGCAUUGGUUGCUGGUGCAGCCCCCGCCGCCGCCGCCACCGCCGCCGCCCUCCUCUCCCACGGCUGCCCCACAGGUUGGCUGUGGGCCUGGGCUCCCAGCCUCAGCCCUGGAGGUAGGGCUUCAGCCCUCCCCUUCAAGCCCAGGAGUCUUCCCGAGUUGAUGCCGUUUGUAGCUUCCUCCCCACUCUAUCCAACACUUGCAUGCAAAGACGACCGGGAGGUUGCCGCCCUCCUCUCCGCCCAAAGCAUCCUCCUCUGUGUUUGCCUGGGAGCCCCGCGUUCUCUAGGCCGUGACUUACAAGUGGUCAAAGUGACCCCUUCCGGGGGUCCCCACCACACUUAGUGUUUGUAAACUGGGCUGCUAUAAGGUUGGAGUCCCAGGGCUGGGCCCUGGUGGGGUCCCCAGGAAGUCCCAUCAUGGACAUUGGAUGGAGCAAGGAGGGACUC